AUGAGCAGUCAGCAAGAGGAGAAAAAUGUAAGCACAGGAAUGUAUGAUCACUCCAAGAAGGAAAACAAAAAUAACUACCAGGAAAAUUCCUUCAUCAAUCUGAUGAACACAGAUGAUAAUAAGGUGAAAAUGCUUAAGAAGGACAAUAACGCAAGUGGGUGCUCUGAAGAAAUUGUGGAUGGAGAGCUCAAAGGAAAAAUUAAUCAAAGUGUGUUAAAAGAAGGCACAACAGAAACGCAAGUUUUUAAAACUGAUAGUAACACCACAGACGGUGCGAAGAAGAAAGGCAAUGAAGUAGUGCAUUAUAAAGGUAGUACCAAUGCAGCAGGGGAUAUCCCCGUAAAGAAUACCAUGGAAAGUGUGGCGAAUGAUAAAAACAGUAACAUGUGUAACCAUAAUAAUGCCUCGAAGGAGAGAGAUAAUGAUCACCAACAUAGUGGUGUCGCAUGGGGUACCAAAAACAAAGACAAAGGAGACAAAAACGAAAGCAGCAACGGAGAAUUGGGGGGAAGGGAAAAUAGUGAACCAUUACACAGAGUGUUAACAAAAAGUGAAGUAAAAGAAAAAGACAGGAGUAAUUUGUUACCAAAUAAAAAUUGCAACGAUGAUGAUAAGUGGAACUCCUUGCAGAAUGAUAAGGUGCCUCUUACCCAAGAGGAAAAGGAGAAAUUCGAAACGAGUCCUCCAACGUGCGACAAAAAGAAUGUGAGCAAAGACCCCCCUGCGAAUGACAAAAGAGUUUCUGCGUCCAAAGGGGAAAAUGACGACAAGAAUAAAAUUAACACUUCCGUGGAAGUUCCACCUUCUAAUAUUCCCCCAAAGGGUAGGAAUAAUUAUGAGGAAGAAACGCAUAACGCCAAACAAAAUAAUGAAAAGGCUGAAAACAGAAAGAAGGAAAAUGCAACAAUGGGAGAGGGGGCGAAACCGAGCGAAUCCAUUCAUAGCGCGAACAUAAGGCAGAAUAAAAAUACCAAUAGAAAUAAAAAUAAAGGUAUAGUGAAGGAUGAUUUAGACGUAAUAACCGAGGAAGAAGGAAAGAGUGAAGAGGGUCCAAAAGAUGAUCACCCGAAUGAUCAUGGAAAUUCCAGUGACAACAGAACAGUGAGCGGGAGUAGUAGAAAUACCUGCCCCAUUAAGCGAAGUGAACAUCAGAAGGAUAAGGAAAAUAGUAAUGAAGAAUCAACCAGCAAUAACAUGAUGAAUCAGAAAAAUGGAAAUUCCAAAAAAUUUCCCGCGUUAAAUAAUGCCAAAAAUGGGACUUUCUUUAAGAAGGAGGUAAGAAGAAACAAUGCCAACGUUGGGAGCUCCAACAGAAAGAGUGAGAACUACAAAACAGCUGGCCAUAGUAAGAGAGAGGAAUGUUGGAAGAGGUGCAGAGACAAAAAUGAGGAUUACAACAUUACAAGCGGGGAUAACUUUAGAAAUGGAGAGAAUUACAAAAAUGAAAAUAGUUACACUCAUGGAGGUAAUUCCCCCAACAGCAGCAAAAACAGUCACGGUAGAAAUAAUGAGAUACAUAGGGUAAAUGAGAGAGGCUUCAAAAAUGGCAACUCGUACAGUUAUAGAAACGCAGUUAACGGGGUAUACAAAAAUGUUGGUGGUACAGCCCCAAUGGGUAACUCUGCAAAAAUGAACGAUAAUUCCCACAACACAGACAAUUAUAAAAUGAGUAACUACAAGAAUUAUCAUCGUAACGGGAAUAAUGAAGAACCCACGGAUAACACCAACAGGUAUGGGGAAAAGAGGAGCAGCCACGACCACAGCGCGCACUGGAUGAAUCAGAAUGAGGAGUACGAACGGUGCGAGCGAUACGAACAAAAUGGAAAAAACGAAAGCGCUAAUUUUAGAAGAAACAAUUUUAAGAACAAAAAAGAAUCAACGGGCGUGAAGCAGAAGGACUCGCGAUUUCAGAUGGGGAAAAAUUACGCCAAGAAAUACGACGCGAAUUAUUUUGAAAGAAAUGACAGCACAAAUGUUGGUAACCAUAACGGUAGUGCUAGUAAAAAAAAGGUGAAUUCGUUUAUCAAGCAAACAGAAAAUACUAAUUAUAGCAAACACUUACCCAUUAGUGGCGAUACAAAAGGGAAGGAGGCCAACGGGGAUGAUGAAAAUGAUUCCAAUGAAGUGCUUACAGAAGGAGACACAAGUAGAAAUAGCAACGAGUUGAUGGACAAACAGGGCAUACACAUGACCAAUCCUACUUCCUCAUCUCGUACGUACAACAAUAGUGGUGAAAAGACUCAUAAUAAUAAACCCCGCGUUGGUAAGAAAAAUAGCAUUGCCUUAGGUAGUCCUUCACACCACGCUAAUAUUGACCAGGAUAACAAAGCCUAUGCUAAAUUUACACAUACCAAUGAUGGUAAGGGAAACCAAAAAGAGAGCAUCAGCGCUGGUGGCAAUUCCGAUCACAUUAGAAGAGGAAAUAAAUGGAGUUUUAUCUCCAAAGAGGAUAUGAGCGACAGUGGUCGAAGCAAGAUUAAUAACAGUGGCGAAAAAGACGUAAUGAAGGAGAUAAGGAGAAAGGAAUUCAAGAAGGAAGAUUAUCCAACACGGGAAGGAGAAGGAAGCGGUGCACAUGUAAAAAAAAUAGAACGACGAGAAAAGCCUUUUACUUCUCAUUCGAGAGAUUCCGCAAGAAGUUCUAUAUCCACAAACAGGAAUGAAUACCACCACGCAGCAUCGAAUGAGGGUGAGAAGGAUCACAGAAGCUCACUACAAGGUGAGAAAGAUAAGAACCCAAAAAAUAGCGGAAAGCAAAAACAUUCGAAUGGCCCAGAAAAUAAAAGGAAAAUCUUGACCCCGAAAACAGAUCAAAGGAAUAGCAAUGCAGGCGAAGUAAAUCUCUCUUCUAAUUUUAAAGAAUUCGAAUGUUGGAUGAGCGGAAGAUAUAAUAAGCUGUUAGAAGAAUACAUUAAUCAGGAAAACAGGAAAAAAAACAACAGUGAAAUAUUUGAGGAUGAAAUAAAAGUAUACAAACUGUGUUCAAAUUACACCAACAGUGGUGUGGAAAAGGACAGCCAUGAAAAUCUCUCCCAUAUGGCAGAAACUUUAAGAAGCCGAGACACCAAAGAGGAGGAUACCUCAAGAAGUAAGGGCAAAAGGGAUGUUCAAACGAACUCAGAAAUAGAAAAUGAAGGGGAACUGUUGAUCGAAGGUAGGAGCGGGUUCUCUAGUCGUAGAAAUAAAGGUGAACAUGUGGACCACAUUGCGGGCGAUAAUUAUAACAGUGGAAAGAGUAAUUAUUUCUCAGGUUCAAAGAAUAACAUGGAUGUAUUAAAUAGAAGCGCUGCCCAUGAGGGGGAAAAGAAAUACUACCAAAGAAAUAAUAAUUACCGCCCAAAUCAUCAGAAAAGGUCUUUGCAUUUAUUGCACAAAAAUGGUCCACAGAAUAACAAGGAAUCCUUUUUGAGUUCUUCUCCUGGUAUGAAGGAGGACAAUUGGGGUAGAGGAGGAGAGGAAGCGGUCGAAAAUGCAAUCGAGGGCGCAAAGUUGGAAGAAAAGCUAGGAGAAAAUACAGACACAGACGUCGAGAUAAGCGCUGAAAAUAACGUCAACAAUAACACCGACAAUAAUGCCGAAAAUAACAAUGAUGCAAGCGUCCUCCCCUCUAUGAAAAAAUACGGCGCAAACAAUAAGAACAAGAAAGGCGAGGAAAAAGUCAGCGACGGAAUCUUCAACAGAAAAAACUAUUACGAAAAAAGACCAGCGGGAAAACGAUUCGGCAGUAGCAACAUAACCACUAAGAAGCUCAGUAGCAACAAUGGGUUUUACAAAAACAAGUAUCACGCUGGAGACCAAAAGAAUGAUUACAUGAAAAGUGAAAUGAACAAGGGGACGUUUUACAAGUCGAAUAGACAGGCGAUGGGGCAACACAAUAAUAAGAGGAACAACUGGAGCACGAAAUUGGUAAACGACCGGUUUGGAAAUCGGUACGAAGAACCCUUCGGUGAGCCCUUUGGAGAAAGACUGAACGAACGAUUUAGUAAGAAAAACAAUUCAAACGACAUGGACAACACGAAUGACAUGUAUUAUGCGCCUAAAAAGAACGUAGAAAAUUCUGUGUUGCUACGAAAUGAAAUGGGUACCUCCGCUGCGCAUAAUAUCAAUCCAGUUGGGAAUAGUAAGAAAUCGAAUUCAACAUAUUUAACAGCAAAAAGUGAAGGUGUUAAGAAUAGGCACUAUGAGUGA